CCGACCUUUGGUCUUCGCCACAUCAUAUGCAUCGACGCCGACAUGUCACGCAAAGGUGAAUCUUCUCCUUUAUGCGUGCGUACAAUUACCUAUGUGGAAUGGUAUGCUACUUCAUCCUCCGUCAUAUGACCAUGAUAGGAAUACAUCGCCAAGUACGGAGGAAGUGGAGGAUGCCAUGGAUGCUCGAGGACUCAAGGCCGAGGUCGUGGAAGCAUGGAAGAAGCUCCAGGCGCAGCUACACCGGAGUCGCCGGCCUCGCCAACUCACAACGGAGUCUCCGGCCCAUGAAGAUCAAGACCGGAGUCUCCGGCCUACAUACACGAGAGUCUCCGGACUAUGUGAAGCGCUAGCCACAAGUCAAUUAGGGCCAAGGCCCAUGUACCCCCUUCUAUGCCCAAACUACCCCUCCUUAGUGGUUCCCUAUAUAUAGGCUCCCACCUCCCCCUUCAUUAGGAAAGAGUUGAUGAACUAGAACUAGGCUCAUGCCUCCACCAUCCCUUUGGGAUUAGGGAAACCCCCUCCUUAGAUUAUCCAAAUCUAUUGUACAAGGCACUCCUUAUAUGAUUAGUCUCUCACACUUGUGAUUCUACCACCGGUCUCUCACUCGUGUGUUUCCACCGAUCGUAUACCGAUCUUCCUCUCGGGGAUUCUACCGCGUGUCUCUCCCUUGAGAGAUUCUAUCGGGAUAGUGGUUCGGGCUAUCGGGAGUAAACCGGAAUUGUAUCGGGUUGUGUUGCGUGCGUUCGCGUGUGUUCAUCGUGUUCUUCGCCGUGUUCUUCGUGUUCUUUCUCUCCCCCGUCUUUCCCUCGGUCAAUUCGUGAGAUCGGGCAACCCACGUGGCCUUAGGCCGCAUCAUAUGGUAUCAGAGCAAAGGUUGCCACGAAUUUGACCUCUAAUUCCACCGAUUUUCGUCCAAAAAAUUUCCCAAAAAAAAAAAAAUUUUGCCCCAAAAAAUAGCUCGAAAUUUGAUCUCUGGAUUUGUUGAGUUUUAUGUGGUUUUGAUCCACAGAUCUGGUGUUAUUUGUGGUGAUCUACAACUUCUCCAAUUUUCGCUCUCUAAUUCCUCCAAUUUCUACUCGGAUCUGAGCAUUUUUGGCCUCCAUUUUCGUCCGUGUUCAUAGCUGUUCAUCGUCGAGUUCUUCUCCAAAUUAGUCAACCCCACCGUGCCGCCCCACGCCCUCGCGCUGCUGCCGGCCCACCUCCGCCUGGCCCACCCUGCUGCCGCUCUGCUGGCCUCGCGCCCACCACAGCGACCGCCGCCGCCGCUCGACACCUGGCCCAGAUCGCCUGGCCGCCGCACCACCACCCCGCAGCAACCGCAAGCCUCGGGUCAACGUCGCCUACCGCCGCCGUGCGCGUCCAGCUCGCUCACCAUCCGCUGCUGGAGCAGCUCGCCCGCGCGAUCCCCACUUCGCCUGCUCGCCUGCCGUCCGCGCGCUGCUCCCCGCCAUCAACCACGCGCGCGCGACCCGUCCAUCCCCAUCGCCCCUGGCCGCAAGCGCUGCUCCCUGCCUGGCACCACCCUGCACGCGCGCCUAGCUCCCGCACAGCUGCAUCCGCUCACCACGCGCAGCACACCAGCAUCGCACGCGCGCGCAUUUCCUGUGCAGCCCGCCCAAUCCCACUUGGUCGGCGACCAUCACGCGAGCCUGCACAUCAUGCUGCUUCCCGCACGCGUGCUCGUUUGAUCCCAUCAGCGCAUCAUCUCCGCCUUGCUCGAUUUCAUCUACAGCUUCCGCGCUCGAUUUCUCCACUGGCCACGUUCGAUUUCAUCUCCUCAUCUCCACAUCGCUUGAUUCCCAGCUCCAGUCGCUCAAGUCCUAGACCGGCAGUGCCGGCCGCAUCUCACCGGCAGUGCUGGCCCGGACACCCCGGCAGUGCCGCAGUCUAAUGUUCCCCGCACAGUUCUGUUUAAAUUUCGUCUAACUUCGUCCCAUCUUUUUGUCCCAAAUUUUGACAACUUUUCGGCGCCCGUUUGACUCCAAAUUUUAACAUCAUUCCCCAAAUAUUCUACAUAGCCCGCCUCUAAUUUUUGACGAUUUUUGGAACAUAUUUUUUGACCGCUCGUUUUGACCCAACUUUUCGGGCAUUGGCUUAAUUUGCUCGGUUUCCGUUUUGGAGUGCAAGGAUUGUCUACCAAGCUUCCGUGUCUACAUCAACACCGCGGCGACACCUUCGGCACCCCGGAUUCUGGCGCAUCUUCGACACCAUCGUCAUCACCAUCAUCGCAAGUUCGUGUGCUUGACACCGCCUAACGUCAAUAGGUAUAACUUGCCUCCCCUACCCCUUGUAUCCCCUUUCUUCCUUUGCGUACCUAUCCCAUUGAGAGUGGCUUUCCGAGUGUUGCGAAGCAUUGCACAAGUGUCACGACCGUGAGAGGGUUUGUGUGUGUGCGUUGUGUUGAGCGAAGCUCCGAAGCAAGCUCGGUGAGAAAAAAAUACACAAAAGAAGAAAAGUGUGACAUAUACAUAGAGAGAAAUAAAGCUUCUAAGCAUAGAGAAAAAAAAGUGAAAAAAAAGAGAAAAAAAAAGAAAUAGAAAAGGGUGUGUGUCCACCGAUACCGAGAAGUGCAAAGCUUGUGAGCACUAAGAGAGAAAAGAGAAGAGUGGCAUUUGUGCAAAUCUUGUUGCUUCUUUCUUGUGCAACCAAGCUACGGUCUCUCUUGUGUUGGCGUGACAUCGAGCAUAUAGUCUUCGUUAGGACCAUCUUUGUCACUUGUUCACUUCCUUGGUCGCGCUAACCCCAUUGUUCUCCGUUGUGUGUGUGUUUCCGUGUUUCCUUGACAUAGAUCACCACUUUUGACAUUUGACUUUGGAUCUUACCCACAUUUGACAAUAGACUUUUCCGUUGAUCUUUUUCGUUUGCUAUCCACUCCUUACCCACCACAUAUAGAGUUCUUAGCCUUUUGCGUGUGCUUUGAGUGUGUGUGUGAGUAACCCCGGUACAAUUUGGACUUUGCUCUUGACUUGAACCAUUUUUCCGAUACUUUCUUGAAAGGUGGGAUACUUGUGUAGCUUUCCUUCCACCACAUACACAUACACCUAUCCUAGUGAGCCAUAUACAUGAUGACCCCACAAGAGCAAGCCGAAAUGAGAGCAUACUUCGCCGAGCUAGAUGCUCGAGAAGCCCAAAUGACACCCAAAUAUAAAGCCGAGUGCAACGCAUACUUCAAACACCUUGAGAGCAAGAGUGAUACACACCAUCAGCCGAGUGAGGAUGUUUCGAUUUCUAACAACUUAACCUCUACUCCGCUUGUGUUGUCUCCCUCUUUGCUAGGUUGCUCGGACAUCGACGACGCCAUUGCCAUGGAGAUGAGGGACUCCACUAUAUGUGAGAUGAGCGACUCCACUAUCUGUGAGAUGAGUGCAUCCACUAUAUGUGAGAUUGAGAGCCACCACUUGGAGGGCAUGAGUGAUACACCGAGUGAGAUGAGAGUGGUAGUUGAUAGGUCAUGUGAGGCCAUUUCGAAUUCUAACAACUUACCCUCUACCUCUAGUGUGUUUCCUUGUGUCUUAUUAGGUCCCAUGGAUGACGAGAUGCCGAUCAUGGAGAAGAUGUACAUGGUGCAUGAAGAUGAUGAUAUCACACCAUGCUUGAUUGAAGAUGAACAUGGAGGCCACAUCGAGCCUACCUCUUCCACAACACCUACCUCAUAUGAGCGGGACUACAAAGGUACCUAUAUGGGUGUUGAUGAUGCCAUGAUCCCACUAGUGGACAUGAAGAUUGAUGAGUGCAUGCAUGAUGUUGAUGAUACAAAUGCUAUGUCAUAUGCUUCUUUCAUUUUCCCAUGUGAUGCUUUGCUUGAUACCAACAUUGUUGAUCAUGUGGACUUGAUUGCUUGUGAUAACAUUACCAUGCCAUGCUAUGAGUGUUUCGAUUUCUAUCCUAUUGCUUGCAAUAUGUCGAACAAUUUCUCUUUCCCAUGUAUUGCUUGCAAUGUUCAUAAUGAUGCUUGUGUUGUGACAACCUUGCCGAACAAUUGCUCUUUCCUUAGGUUUGUCGACAACAAUGAUCAAAUGUUGAACAUGUUUUGUGCUACAUGCUUGCAAUAUUCUCCCAUUAAUGCAACCAAAAUGAUGAACAAUUUCUCUUUCCAAUGCUUGGCUUGCAAUAGUGUUAAUAUGCUUUUAAAUGAGAUUGCCCCCAUAGCUCUCUCAAAUUUUGGAGACUUUGCAUAUAUCCAUGUUGAUCAUGUUUCCAUGUUUACUCCGCAUAUUCACCAUAUCUAUUAUGAUGCUUGGCUUAACGCUAAUGGUGAUGUGCAAAAGAAAUGGAACAUCAUGAUGGAUGAUGUGUUCAUAUACCAUGCACACACGUUCUUUGUUUUGCCUAUGGUGUGUGUAGGUACCCAAAAUCCAAUGUCAACCUCGAUUGAGCACGAGUUGACAAAAAGAGCUCUUGAGAGCAUGAUACAAGUGAGCUCCAAUGAGUGGUUUUGCCCGCACACUUCCACUACACAAGACCUCUCAAUGAGAGCACACCGACACUUUGAUAAGGUGACCUCCUUCUACUUGCGCCCUCUUCCUAAAUCCAUUGAACGUUGGCUACGCUUUGAUUGCUCCUUUGCUUUUCUUGUGCUAUUGAUAGGGCUCUUGACAAGUGAAGGGACAUUGAAGCGUUGGUGUCAUCUACCUCCUCUACACAUUCAUGAAGACUCAUCGUCGAGGUCGACUCUUUUUCAAGUGGGGGGAGAUGAUGCAGCCCGACCUUCGGUCGUAUCCGCAUCAUGGUCAUCAUCAAGAACUACGCUGAAGUCCGACGUCACGAAAGCAUGGAAGAGGAGACGGAAGAAGGAGAUACGUCCAGGAAGGCCGGCAGUACCGCCCCGGAAUGGUCGUCACUGCCACCCUGCUCGACGCCGGAGGAAGACGGCACUGUCGCCAUGCCUACGCCGACACCGCCGUCCCCACUAUGAAGCCCAUGAGCUGAACCAUCCCACUAUGCUCUUUGUAUUCCUAAACUACCCCUCCUCUAGUGGUUCCCUAUAUAUAGGCUCCCACCUCCCCCUUCAUUAGGUUAGACAUAACUUGAGUGAAACUUGGCUUAUGCCUCCACCAUCCCUUUGGGAUUAGGGAAACCCCCUCCUUAGAUUACCAUAAUCUAUUGUACAAGGCACUCCUUAUAUGAUUAGUCUCUCACACUUGUGAUUCUACCACCGGUCUCUCACUCGUGUGAUUCCACCGAUCGUAUACCGAUCUUCCUCUCGGGGAUUCUACCGCGUGUCUUUCUCUUGAGGGAUUCUAUCGGGAUAGUGGUUCGGGCUAUCGGGAGUAAACCGAAUUGUAUCGGGUUGGUGUGCGUUUGCGUGUGUUCAUCGUGUUCAUCGUCGUGUUCUUCGUGUUCUUCCUCUC